AUGAACACAGACAGUGGAAUUGAUAUGGUAAACUACCGGAAAAGUUGGAAAGAAUCAACUACUACAUAUAGACUAUUAGUGCAGGGUGAGUUUUCUAAGGUUUCAGUUCUGGUAAUUUGCUGUAUUCUAGAAGAUUCAACGUAGCAUUGCAGCUUCAGCCAUCAACAUGUAUGUUGAUUGAUACAUUUGACAUUGUGUCACACCCUGGCUCUGGGACUCUAUAUGUUGAGCCAGGGUGUGGAUAGUCUAUAUGUUGUAUUUCUAUGUUGGCCUGAGUGACUCCCAAUCAGAGGCAACGAGUGUCAGCUGGUUGUCUCUGAUUGGGAGCCAUAUUUAACUGUCUGUCUUUCACUUUGUGUUUGUGGUUUCUUGUUCGUAUUUUGGUUUGUGUAUGACCAUUGACUAUCACGUCGUCCUUUUGUUGUUUUGAUCGUGUGAUCAUCAUAUUAAAUAAAUAUGUUCACAUUCAACGCUGCGCCUUGGUCCUCCUCCUUAGACGAUCGUGACAGAAGAAACCACCAGAACUGGACCAAGCAGCCUAGUGAGGAGCAGAGUGGGUGGACUUGGCAACAGUGGAGGCAGAGCUUCGACUGGGUCAAGCCGAAUGAGGAGCUGAAUGGCGGAGAUUGGAAGCAGAAGAGCGAGAGUUGGGCGAGAAUUAUCGAGGCCUGGCCCACGGGGAAGAGAGACUCCCAGAAAAUUUUUAGGGGGGGGGCUCACGACGUCGGACCAGCAGGAGGCCGCGAUAGAGCGGCCCAGCGGGUUGCCAGAGGAGGCCGCCAGGUUACGGGGGCCACUGGUCGAAGAGGGGAUGGAGGAUGUAGAGGCACGGCGAGAGGUACUGGCGUGUGUUGCCAGUCCGGUCCGGCCCGUUCCAGAUCCCGGUGUAGGGCCAGUGGUGUGUGUCCCCAGUACGGUCCGGUCUGUUCCUGCUCCCCGCACCAAGUCAGGGGUGCGCAUCGUCAGCCCGGUCCGGCCCGUUCCUACUCCACGCACCAAGCCAGGGGUGCGCAUCGUCAGCCCGGUCCGGCCCGUUCCUACUCCACGCACCAAGCCAGGGGUGCGCAUCGUCAGCCCGGUCCGGCCCGUUCCUACUCCACGCACCAAGCCAGGGGUGCGCAUCGUCAGCCCGGUCCGGCCCGUUCCUACUCCACGCACCAAGCCAGGGGUGCGCAUCGUCAGCCCGGUCCGGCCCGUUCCUACUCCACGCACCAAGCCAGGGGUGCGCAUCGUCAGCCCGGUCCGGCCCGUUCCUACUCCACGCACCAAGCCAGGGGUGCGCGUUGUCAGUCCCGCACAACCCGUGCCUGGGUCACCGGUGCCUGGUAAGGUACCGGUCAGCUGCUCCACACCGGAGCCUAAGCGGUCCGCUUCAACGAUGUCCGGUCCAGCUCCAGCCAGCGGGGCCAGACCGGACCAGGGGCGCCACGGGGGGAUGGUGGAAGGGUGGUGGUCAAGCCCGGAACCGGAACCGCCUCCGAGGAGGAAUGCCCACCCAGCCCUCCCCUGGUUUGUGUACGUUUAGGCGCGGUCGCAGUCCGCGCCUUUAGGGGGGGGGUACUGUCACACCCUGGCUCUGGGACUCUAUAUGUUGAGCCAGGGUGUGGAUAGUCUAUAUGUUGUAUUUCUAUGUUGGCCUGAGUGACUCCCAAUCAGAGGCAGCGAGUGUCAGCUGGUUGUCUCUGAUUGGGAGCCAUAUUUAACUGUCUGUCUUUCACUUUGUGUUUGUGGUUUCUUGUUCGUAUUUUGGUUUGUGUAUGACCAUUGACUAUCACGUCGUCCUUUUGUUGUUUUGAUCGUGUGAUCAUCAUAUUAAAUAAAUAUGUUCACAUUCAACGCUGCGCCUUGGUCCUCCUCCUUAGACGAUCGUGACACAUUGGGUCCAUCUCAAUAGUCAGUGACCUUUCCUUUUCUCCUCUCCUUCAUUUACACUGAUUUUGAAGUUGCAUCAGGUUCUAGAGUUGCAUUAUGGGUGAAUGCAAUAUGGUGGACACCUUAAAAAUCUCCAGAUCAGUAAUGCAUGUAGGCCUAAUAUUUCUCAACUCUUCUUUGGUUCUCUCAUAGAUCAUGUUCCCAAACCAGUUAUGGAUGUCACGUCUCUCUUCAACACAAGUGUGGGACUCUGUGACGUCACAGUGAACUGUUCAGUUAAAGAUGGCUGGAUGUUGUCUGUCUGUGGCGGGGGUCAGUGUACACGGUCACAACAGUUACUGUCUCUGUCUGGGGUCAACAUCAUCAUCUCCAAUGGCAACGGGACUAUCCAAUGCACCACCAGCAACCACGUCAGCACACAGACCAUCUCUCAACCCAUGGAGGACUGUAAGUACCAUUUAGCCGUCACCUUCACUGUAUACCUCUAUCACUGUUUAAUAACCUACUAAUAAUAUAAUAUGAAUAAAAGUUACAUUCAUUGGUAUGAAUAAUAAAUAUAAACAGUUUUUAUAUAAAUGCAGUUAUAAAUCCUCUCCAGCGAAAACAUCUUAAUAAUUCUGUCUAUGUCAAACUAUUGGUCUAUGAUGAUUAUUUGACCGAAUCUAUUGUUAUUUAAGUAAUUCUAUAAGGAUUAAACUGUCUGUUCUCUGUGUGUGACCUCAGGUAGUGGUGAGAAGGAUGGAAAAGCUUCAGCAAUACCAGGCGCCAUUGUGGAUGCUGUUAUUGGUGGAUUAAUCUUAGUUGAUGUGUUAGCUGUGUUAGCUGUGUUAUGGGUUAGAUACAUCAAACAUGCCAGAACAAUGGCGACUCCUAAAGAACAUUCACUAGAAAAGGUACUUUCUCUUUCAUUCAUUUAUGAAUACAUUAUAACUACAAAAAAAAAAGAAGAAUACAAAUGUUAUUGUAAUAUUUAAUGUUUUAUCUCUAAGCAGGUCAUUGUCCAAGUGCUUCCAACUCCAGAACCAUAGCGUCCUCCUGAGACACUUCCUGUCUUUGUCACUGAGAAGAAACCAACAUAACUCAGUUGACACAGGAAGCGCAUCACCAGGUCUAAGGACCGCAGAAUAGGACUUCCUCUGAGAUAACAUCAUACAUUGGGUUACAUCUGUUCUAGACAUUGCACAGAAACUGUGGGACAUUUCACUAUGGCCUAUGAACUACAUGGAUCUGAAUUGGACAGGUAUUAGCAAUAUCCCACUGGGCAAAAACUGGUGAAUCAAUGUUGUUUCCACAUCAUUUCAAUCAACGUGGAAAACAGAUUGGAUUUGCAAAAAGUAAUCGAAUUGUAUCUUUUUUUCACCCAACGUUUAACCUAAAUCCAAUGACUUGGUGAAAUGUUUUGUUGAUUUCACGUUGAAUUCAUGAUUAGUUGACAACUCAACCAAAUGUAAAUCAAAACAAGAUGUUGAACGAUUAGUUACCGGAGUGUAACUCCAGUUCUAUGAGUGGAGCGGAGCCCCAUAGGGGAGCUCUGCUCCUAGUGGUUUACCCUCUGCCCUAAGGCAGCAUCAGCCUGAGACAAAAUUAUGCACAAACCUGCAGCCAAUAGGAGUACAGGUGUCCCUAUAAGAGGGGAUGCCUCCCCUCAAUCAGCCUCCCGAGAUAUUUAUCUUCAGCGAGACUAGAGAGGGUCGGCAGGGCCUUAAGUCCUAUGGGGCUCCGCUCCACUCAUAGAACUGGAGUUACACUCCGGUAACUAAUCAUUCUAUAUCGUGGAGCUCCGCCCCAUAGGGGAGCUCUGCUCCUAGUGGUUUAAGGCGGAGCGUAGCGCUCCAAAAUGUACUCCCUGCCGAGCCUAACACUUCCCAUUAAAAAUGAAAAGGUCAGGCCUAGCAAUGGCUGCAACCAAUUCCCGCAGUACUGCAACUACUGAACCCAUACGGGCGUCACAAUAUACCGCGUCAUCGGUUAAAAACCCGCCCCACCUAGUCCAAUGGCAAUGCCAAUGACUAGUGGGCAGAUCACCAGAAUAGAAGCCAUACUAAUCUGUACUAGCAGAUAGAUGUGCCUCAAUAUCCUGUGAAAAAACUACCGACCACUAAUGGAAUGACACCAAGUGUCACUCUACAUUGUGUACACGGUAGACCGCCUCACUCACUCAAUGGAACCCCAGAGAUUAGUGGGCAGAAAACAGAACAUGAGUCAUACUAAACUGAACAAGCAGAUAGAUGACCUCACAUUCCAUUCCAUUGUUAUGACAGAUCCAAUAGUAUCGUAACCAAGUUCCUACUAUUAUCACCUAUCAUUCCGCCUCACUCCAGUGAAUCACUGGUGGGCAGAUCAAUACAUGCCCUCUACUGUACUGAACCAGUCAGUCUGGAGUCAUGCCAAAAAACAUGCCUUCCUAUCCAAAGCGGACCUGAUGGAAACCUAUGUCCACAGUCCUGCUUUUCCUCUCCUUCUAGCUCAAGAUCUCCCUUCAGCUAUGCCGAGUACAGAUCGAACGAAAGAGUUAAAAGCCAUAUCUACAAAACAUGUCUUCCUAUCCAAAGCGGACCUGAUGGAAACCUGUGUCCACAGUCCUGCUUUUCCUCUCCUUCUAGCUCAAGGUCCACAGUCCUGCUUUUCCUCUCCUUCUAGCUCAAGGUAUCCCUUCAGCUACGCUGAGUACAGACCGAGCCACUGUGAGGCUCACCCCUCACAGUUUUGGGGGAUUUCAACCUCCCUAUGUCCACAUUUGACUCAUUUCUCUCUGCCUCCUUCUUUCCACUUCUCUCCUCUUUUGACCUCACCCUCUCACCGUCCCCCCCUACUCACAAGGCAGGCAAUACGCUUGACCUCAUCUUUACUAGAUGCUGCUCUUCUACUAAUCUCACUGCAACUCCCCUCCAUGUCUCCGACCACUACUUUGUUUCCUUUUCUCUCUCGCUCUCCUCCCACACUACUCACUCUGCCCCUACACAGAUGGUAAUGCGCCACCGCAACCUUCGCUCUCUCUCUCCCACUACUCUCUCCUCUUCCAUCCUAUCAUCUCUUCCCUCUGCUCAAUCCUUCUCCCUCCAAUCUCCUGAUUCUGCCUCCUCAACCCUCCUCUCCUCCCUUUCUGCAUCCUUUGACUCUCUGUGUCCCCUAUCCUCCCGGCCGGCUCGGUCCUCCCCUCCAGCUCCGUGGCUUGAUGACUCAUUGCGAGCUCACAGAACAGAGCUCCGGGCAGCGGAGCGGAAAUGGAAGAAAACUAAACUCCCUGCCGACCUGGCAUCUUUUCACUCCCUCCUCUCUACAUUUUCUUCAUCUGUUUCUGCUGCUAAGGCCACUUUCUACCACUCUAAAUUCCAAGCAUCUGCCUCUAACCCUAGGAAGCUCUUUGCCACAUUUUCCUCCCUCCUGAAUCCUCCCCCCCCCCCGCCCCCCCCCUCCUCUCUCUCUGUGGAUGACUAAUGACACUGCUGGUCCUACUCACACUGCCCUACCCUAUGCUUUGACUUCUUUCUCCCCUCUCUCUCCAGAUAAAAUCCUGCGACUUGUGACUGCAGGCCGCCCAACAACCUGCCCGCUUGACCCCAUCCCCUCCUCUCUUCUCCAGACCAUCUCCGGUGACCUUCUCCCCUACCUCACCUCGCUGAUCAACUCAUCCUUGACCGCUGGCCAUGUCCCUUCCGUCUUCAAGAGAGCGAGAGUUGCUCCCCUUCUCAAGAAACCAACACUCGAUCCCACUGAUGUCAACAACUACAGACCAGUAUCCCUUCUUUCUUUUCUUUCCAAAACUAUUGAGCGUGCCGUCUUUAGCCAACUCUCUUGCUAUCUCUCUCAGAAUGACCUUCUUGAUCCUAACCAGUCAGGUUUCAGGACUGGUCAUUCAACUGAGACUGCUCUUCUCUGUGUCACGGAGGCUCUCCGCACUGCUAAAGCUAACUCUCUCUCCUCUGCUCUUGUCCUUCUAGACCUGUCUGAACUCCGCUGUGUCCUCCUCCCAGAGUGCGAAGAGCCUAGGCGUGACCCUGGACAGGACAACACCCUGUCGUUCUCCGCCAACAUCAAGGCGGUGACCCGCUCCUGCAGGUUCAUGCUCUACAACAUUCGGAGAGUACGACCCUGCCUUACACAGGAAGCGGCACAGGUCCUAAUCCAGGCACUUGUCAUCUCCCGUCUGGACUACUGCAACUCGCUGCGCUGUUGGCUGGCCUCCCUGCCUGUGCCAUUAAACCCCUACAACUCAUCCAGAAUGCCGCAGCCCGUCUGGUGUUCAACCUUCCCAAGUUCUCUCACGUCACCCCCCUCCUCCGCACACUCCACUGGCUUCCAGUUGAAGCUCGCAUCCGCUACAAGACCAUGGUGCUUGCCUAUGGAGCAGUGAGGGGAACGGCACCUCUGUACCUUCGGGCUCUGAUCAGUCCCUACACCCAAACGAGGGCAUUGCGUUCAUCCACCUCUGGCCUGCUGGCUCCCCUUCCUCUGCGGAAGCAUAGUUCCCGCUCAGCCCAGUCAAAACUGUUCGCUGCUCUGGCACCCCAAUGGUGGAACAAGCUCCCUCACGACGCCAGGACAGCGGAGUCACUCACCACCUUCCGGAGACAUUUGAAACCCCACCUCUUUAAGGAAUACCUGGGAUAGGAUAAAGUAAUCCUUCUACCCCCCCCCCAAACAUUGUAAAGUGGUUAUCCCACUGGCUACAGGGUGAACGCACCAAUUGGUGAGUCGCUCUGGAUAAGAGCGUCUGCUAAAUGACGUAAAUGUGCCCUUGAGCAAGGCACUUAACCCUAAUUGCUCCUGUAAGUCGCUCUGGAUAAGAGCGUCUGCUAAAUGACUAAAAUGUAAAUGUAAAUGUAGAUAGAAACGGAUAAAUGGAGACGGUGACGACCACGACGCCGCUGCACAGAUAUCCUGUUACAACCAUACCGCCCACUAAUGGAGUGACACACAGUGUCACUCUACAAUGUGUAUACGGUAACCCACCACACUCAAUCUAUGGAGGCCCAAAGAUUGGUGGGUAGUAUCCAGAACAUGAACCAUACUAAUCUGAACUAGCAGAUAGGUGGUGCCUCCAUAUCCUGUCAAAACAAAACCGAUCACUAAUGGAAUGACACAAAGUGUCACUCUACACUGUGAAUUCGGUAAUCCACCACACUCAAUCUAUGGAUCCCCAAAGAUUAGUGGGUAGACUCCAGAACAUGAGUCAUACUAAUCUGAACAAGCAGAUAAAUGACGUCACAAUUCCGUCAAUAUAUAUGACCGGUCUAAUAGUAAUGUAAACAAAGUUACAAACACUAUUUCCCCUCAUCAUUCCGCCCCAACCCAGUUAUGCACUGGUGGGCCGAUCAAUAACAUGCCUACUACUGUACUGAAACACGUCAGUCAGGAGUCAUGCCAUAUGUGGUCCUCUGUAGCUCAGAUGGUAGAGCACGGCGCUUGUAACGCCAAGGUAGUGGGUUUGAUCCCUGGGACCACCCAUACACCCCAAAAAAAAUUAUGCACGCAUGACUGUAAGUCGCUUUGGAUAAAAGCGUCUGCUAAAUGGCAUAUUAUUAUUAUUAUAUAUGUCUCUCUCCUAGAAAAAGAGCGGACCUGAUGGAGACCAGCCCCUACAGUCCUGCAUUGUUUUCUCUUAGUUCACGUCUUCCCAUCAGCUACGCUGAGUACAAACUGAACGGGAGGGUUAAAAGACAUCUCUAGAAUGGAGGACAUGAGCUAAAAACUGAACUGAACACAGCAGACAGUUAAUACUCUAAUAUCCCUGUAACUACUGGUACUACAGUGUCGCAACACAAAAUGUCGCUGAACACUGUGCCUUCAGUAACACGCCGCCCCUAGUUCAAGGAAACCCAAAACUAGUGGGCAGGAACGUAAUACUUGAGUUUAAUAGUAAUGUAAUACAAGGUUACAAAAACUAUUUCCCUCAUCUUCCCGCUCCAACACAGUUAUACACUGGUGGGCAGGUCAAAAUACAUUACCUCUAUUGUACUGAUAACCUCAGUCAGGAGUCAUGUCUCUCUCAGAAAAAAGCCGGCCUAAUGGGAACCCAGCCCCCUGGUCCUGCAUCUUUUUUCUUUAGUUCCAGUCCUUCCAUCAGCUACACUGAGUGCAGACUGAACCAGAGAGUUAGAAGACAUAUCUAACAGGUAGAAAUUGAUAAAAGGAGACGGUGACAAUCAAGACGCCGCUGCGCAAUUAUCCUCUACACAUGUUCCUCUGAAAAGGUCAUAGAAGCCGCUACUCCACGAGUGGGUUGGGCUCUUCUACCCAAAGGCAAUUGCCGCCCUGCCGCCUCAUAAACAGUCUCAAUGUCUUACAAACCCAAUGAGACAGACGCUGUUUAUAAUGUGGUCUACCGAGUGCAGCCGCACCGUGACACACAAAAAGCAGCUGAGGCGAUGACCUAAUCACCGCCUUGCGCUCCACGUAGCGGGCCAAGGCGCGCACUGGGCACAGGCGAUAGAGCCGUUCCUCUCUCCUCUCAACCUGGCGAGAGGGAGAGAAGGCCCACAGCUCUACGGUCUGUAAUCUAUAUAAGCUCUUAAUAACCUCAGGUAUAAAUACCGGGUAAAGACUUAACACCGUCCUGCUCAAACGCCAUAAAUGGCCAAGCAGUCGGAUCUCGUCGAAAGAGCCCACAAUCACUGACACGUUUAGCAGUGGUCAAAGCGAGCAGCAGUGUCUUCAAAAUAACAUUUUAAGGGGGAUUAGAGCCCUCAUUAUUACAGUGUCUAGCAGUAUCCCCAGGUAGACAAUCUGAUGACUGGGCCAGGGCGUGCUCUUUUUCCAAUUCACAGCGAACCCCAGACGCGUGAAAUGAAUCACUGUCUGUGUCGUGUGAAUGAACGUCAGCUCUGCUGACGGGGCGAGAACCAGUAGGUCGUCUUGGUAGGCUAAUAGCCGUAUUCCCUGACGACGCAACGGCUCCAAUGCCGCCUCUACACACUUGGAAAACGUGCGAGGUGCCAGGGCGUACCCAAAUGGCAUCCUCGUAUUCGUACGCCACCCCUUGAAAAGCGAAUCGCAGAAACUUCCUGUGACGCGGCUGUACCGGCACAUGAAAGUACACGUCCUUUAGGUCUAUGCUCGUACAAAAGUCUCCUUUCUGGACACAUUCCAGUAGACGUUUUGUCGUUAGCAUUCGAAAGGGCCGUUUGGUUACGCUCUCGUUGAGAAUGCGUAAAUCCAAUAUCGGCCUCAUUCCCCCCUGUCUUUUUGGGCACUAGGAAGUAGGGUGAAUAUAGCCCCUUGUUCCUUUGCUCCUGGGGAACCACUGUGACCGCCUCCUUCGCCAAAAGUUACGUAAUCUCUGAAACCAGAACGGCCACUUUUUCGGCCGUUUUCAUCACCGUCUCCACCACUCCCCUGAAUGGGGGUGGGGUCCGAUGGAAUUGGAGAGCAUAACCCUUCUGCAACGUCUGUUCUAGCCAGCGUGAGAGGGUGCAGCUUCGCUGCCACUGUCAGCAAUGCAGAGAAAGUGGCCGAGCGCGAAGCUGUGGUACAUUCAGUAGGAAGGACCUGUAUUCCUCUAUGGCCCUUGCCGCCGCUGUUCCUCGACACUGAGGAGGUGGAACAGCCCAAGGCGGGCCUCCCAUGAAAGGGAGAGGAAACAUUGGUGCGUUCUGAACCCAAAGGGGGGCAGAAACGUCAGUUAAUCUCGUAACCGUCGAACUCCUGCCCUCCGUGAACGCAACACGGGUCUGAAUUGCACUGACCGAGGCCACAGCCUGCGACAGGGCACCAUCCCCAGUAAGCGAUUGCGUCAUCGUAGAUGCCUGCAAUUCGCAAUUAGAGCCACUCACUACAACACUCCUAGGAGUCUGUAAUAUGAGGUCUCUAUGAAGUAACCCAAGGCGGCGCCUUGAUACCUUCUUAGCCUUCACUUCUGUGUGUGUUCAACUCUGCACCCCUGGUGAAUCACACUCAGUGUGAGUAUUAGCGCGUUAUGUGAGAAGUGGGGCUCAGAUACGUCAGUUAUUCUCGUAACCUUCGUAAUCUGGCCCUCCGUGAACGCAGCGUGGGUCUGAAUCGCACUAACCGAGACCCUAGUCUGCGAUAGUGCGCCAUCCCCAAACAGUGGCUGUGUCCUCAUGUCACCUGACUGAGGCUGUAGCCUACUCUGAGAGGCACUCACUACAAUACUCCUUGGAGUCUGUAAUGUGAGGUCUCUUUGAGAUAUACCAAGACGGCGUCUCGGUAUCUUUUCUCCUUUCACCUCCUGUGUGCGUUCAGCUCUGCACCUCUGGUGGGCUGAACUACACUCAGUGUGGUGAGUAAUGGCGCGUUCAGAGAGAAGUGGGCCGAUACACUGGGCACCUUCUAACAUGUACCACAAGGUGGCGCCAUGAUACCUCUUUAUCACUAGUCACAUGAGUCUGCUCAGCUGCGCACUCAUGGUGGGCUGAGCUACACUCAGAGGAGUGGGUAUCAUUGCGUUCUGUGUUAAACGGGGGCGCCGAUACGUUGGUUACGUCCUGUAACUCUAGUAUUCCGGCCCUCCUUGAACGCAGUAUGAGUCUGUACUGCACUGACAAGGCAUUAGCCUGAGACAGGGCGACAUCCCCAUAUGUAGAUCGCGUCAUCAUGUCAUACUCUGACCGAGACUGCAAUCUGUCGUGUGAGACUCUCUCUACAGAGCUCCUAGGAGUCUGUGACAUGAGGUCUCUCCUCGGUAACACAGGGCUGUGCCCUAAUACCUUCCUCACAUUCGCCUCCUGUGUAUGCUCAGUUACACACCUCUGGUGAGUCGAGCUACAUACAGAGUGGUGAGAAUCAAUACGUUCUGUGAGAACAGGGGGCGCCGAUACGUUGGUUACGCCCGUAACCGUAGUAAUCAGGCCCUCCGUGAACGCAGCACGGUACUGAGCCGCCCUGACUAAGGCACUAGCCUGAGACAGAGCGCCGUCCCGAAUAGCGGUCGCGUCAUCAUGCCAUUAUCUGGCUGAGACUGCAGCCUGCUAUGUGAGACACUCACUACAGCACUCAUAGGAGUCUGUAAAGUGAGGUCUUUAUAAGGUACACUUAAUACCUUUUACACACCUGCCUUAUGUGUGCGUUCAGCAACGCACCAUGGUGGGAUGAGCUGCACUCAUAGUGGUAAGAGAGAGAGCAAGAGUGAGGAAGGUCGAACGCUCUCGGAUGUAUUAUGGAAAAGGGCUCUUUUCUCUCCGUUCUCUCCCCAUUAUGGGGCAGAGCUCCACGAUAUAGAACUUCCACUUCCACUGAGGAGGAGUUUAAAAUUGCAUCAUUAGGCGACUGAACUUUGACAGAAGAAGGCAGAGUUAGUCUCUCAAUUUCAAAAGAAAUAUGAAAAUACUUGGGUUUCUUCUUCUAUGGCUAGGUAUCACCACAGGUAACCUAUUCAUUAUAUUAAUUAUAUUGUGUGGAGGAAUCACUUUUGAUUUUGGACAUUUACUCUAGAAAUAAUACUUUGUGCACAUAACACGGGUAAUUGGAAAAGUUUUGAGUUUAGGCAGCAAAUGACUUACUGACUCAAUUUGUACAUUAAUGUCAAAUGACUGUCAGUGAAAUGCUAAAUGUGAUCUUUGUCCUCUCUCAUUAGGAAUCAGGGGGGAACCUUCAGUGGACCAGUAUGGGUUGAAGGGGGGUUCAAUAUGUCUGGCUGUUCCAGAACCUCCUGAGAUGAUCAAAGGACUUAAAUGGAUGAGGAACAGUGAUGUAAUAGUUGGAGUCAAAGAGACCUCUCCUAAAUACAAGGAGAAGGUGGACUAUAACAACGCAAACCAUUCUCUGUGCAUUAAGAAUCUGUUGAACACAGACAGUGGAAUUUACAAGGCAAACUACCGGAAAAAAUGGAAUGAAUCAACUACUACAUAUAGACUAUCAGUGCAGGGUGAGUUUUGUAAGGUUUUAGUUCUGGUAAUUUUGCCGUACAUUUAAUGUGUCUGAUUAGGUUCAAUAAUGCAUGUAGGCCUAAUCAAGUUUUUGUGCUGGUAGUCAUCUUUUUGUAUAUUUAAUACAAUUAUAGUCUCUAGACCACUCAUGGAUGUAGGGAUCUCUUUCCCAACUCCAUUGGUUCUUGUAGAUCAUGUUCCCAAACCAGUUAUGGAUGUCACGUCUCUCUUCAACACAAGUGUGGGACUCUGUGACGUCACAGUGAACUGUUCAGUUAAAGAUGGCUGGAUGUUGUCUGUCUGUGGCGGGGGUCAGUGUACACGGUCACAACAGUUACUGUCUCUGUCUGGGGUCAACAUCAUCAUCUCCAAUGGCAACGGGACUAUCCAAUGCACCACCAGCAACCACGUCAGCACACAGACCAUCUCUCAACCCAUGGAGGACUGUAAGUACCAUUUAGCCGUCACCUUCACUGCAUACCUCUAUCACUGUUUAAUAACCUACUAAUAAUACAAUAUGAAUAAAAGUUAAAUUUAUCGGCAUUAAAAAUAAAAUAUGACCAAAGGUUUGAUAUCAUGAUUGUAAUUCUUCUCUAGUUAAGAUUGGAAUAAUUCUGCCUGUAUGAAACUAUUAUCUUAUGAACACUUUUCUUAAUCUGUGUGUGUGUGUGUGUGUGUGUGUGUGUGAACAGGUAGUGGUGAGGAUGGGAAAGCCUCAGUGUUACCAGUUAUCACCAUUGUGGGUAGUGUUAUUGGUGUAUUAUUAAGCUUAGUUGUGUCACGUUCGUUUAAGGACGGGUCAGACCAAGGCGCAGCGUGAAAUGCGUACAUGUUUAUUUACAUGAUAAACACAUGACAAAACAACAAACCAACGAAACGUGAAGUCCUAAGGCUAAACACAAAACAAGCCUACACACGGAACAAGAUCCCACAACUAACGAGUGCCAAUAGGCUGCUAUAUGAUCCCCAAUCAGAGACAACGAGCGACAGCUGCCUCUGAUUGGGAACCACACCGGCCAACAUAGAUCUACACAUACUAGAUCAUUCAUAUAGAUAUACACAACAUAGAAUAUUCACACCCUGACUCAACAUAUAAGAGUCCCCUGAGUCAGGGCUUGACAAGUUGCUGUGUUACUUGGUGUUGGAUACAUCAUACAUGCCAGAAAAUGGCAAAUCCCUAAAGAACAACAUUCACUAGAAGAGGUACCUGCUCUUUCAUUCAUUCAUCUAUGCAUUAUAUGAGUCAAUAGUUUUAAAGAACGAUCAUUUCAAUCAUUUAAAUGUUCUAAUGUUUCAUCUCCAAACAGGACACUGAGCUUAUAACUCAGUGAACACUUCACCAGGGAGAGAGGCCAGAACCACAGCACUCUCCUGACCAGAACCACAGCACUCUCCUGGCCAGAACCACAGCACUCUCCUGACCAGAACCACAGCACUCACCUGGCCAGAACCACAGCCCUCUCCUGGCCAGAACCACAGCACUCUCCUGUCCAGAACCACAGCCCUCUCCUGCGAUGCACUGUCUACUUCACUGUGAAGAACCAGCACCAGCAGAACACCUCCAAGUUGAAAAAAAAAGCGCAUCAUCAGACAUGAGAGCAGAAGCACAGAAAAGGUGGACCUCUGAGGUCACAUCAUACAGUUCAAGACAUUACACAGAAACUGUGGGACUAUUGCACCACCCAGUGGACAAUAAUCAAAUAAUACCAGCAGAGUAAACCUGUGCGCUUCAUUCAUCAACAUGUGCCUAGAUUCAUCAUCAUUGUAGCUCCUCCAGUGACAGGCAUGAGGCAAGAGGUCUUGAUUUGAAUACAGGGCUUUAAUGCUGGUCAACCCGUGAGAACUGGUUUAAAGAAAGAAAAAAUACAUUAACAAAAUAAUGCCAUAUGCAUGUCUCACACAUCUGGCGUUAUAAUCAAGCUCAUACAGCUAGACACUUUAUGUAUAUUUUACACCAAAAAAUGACGCACGUAAACACAAACACCCUCAUAGCAAAAUAAAUAGUCAACAAACCUCAUUGCUGCUUAUCACACAGAGGUGCUAAACAUCCUUUUAAAUGUCCUUUAUCUUCUUCUGUAUACUUUCUUUGUAAGUAUGCACUUAAACACGAUAACAGUGGAAAAAUAAAUCGUUUUUUGCGGUAAAGUUUCCUCGGUGCGUCGCUAAAAGGCGCUCGGGUGACAACACUCAGGCGGAACCAAUAAUUAGUUCCGUCUUGCUGUAAACGUACAAUUCAGAAGAAAUUAAAUAAGAAAUAAACUAAAGUGUUAAUACAUGAAAUAAACUGGCGACAGAGGCAGUUACAAUCAUCUCGUACAUUUGUUUUAUACACAAAUAUUUAUAUGUGCUAGUAUGUAUUAUUACUAUACCACAGAGCCAGAUUUGUGGCCAAUCGCAAAUUAACCUCUAGCUCAGGCUUAUGCCCUAUGAAUUGUAGAAUCAUAUAGUUGUACCCGUCAGCAAUAAUAUGGUAUUAGUUCCACUUACCCAUCAUUGUUGUGUAUAUGAGAGGGCAGACUUGACCUAAUCAGGCCACCGUGGAUGGAUUCUUUGACAGAUUUGAUCAAGCCAUCAAAGGAAUAUGUCCUGUUUAUAUCAGUCAUAUUUUUAACUGGAACACAAGUAUUUAUAAUCUCUGUACCAAUAACCAAUUUUUACUGUACCUUGUUCUUCCUCUGAAUUUGAAAGAUACCGGUAGCUACACUACAUUACCAAAAGUAUGUGGACACCUGCUUGUGGACUAGAAGGGCCAUUCUCCCUGCGUCAUUUUAUGCUUUCAGUUUACUGUUUUAAUGUUUAAAAAUAUUACUUUUAAGAAAUAUACCUUUCUUGUAUAUAUUGUUUUGUAAAAAAAAAAGGUUAAGGUUUAUCAACUGUAAUAGUGCAUGGAGAUGGAAAAUGUAAUUACUUUGAUGUUGAACAUUGUGAUUGCUUGAACAUUAACAGCUUCUGCUAGGCUUUCAUUUACACACACACACACACACAGCGAGAACACAUCAGGCGAUAGUGUGUCCCUUGCGGUCGAUUUGAAAAUAGAACUGCAUUUUAUGCAAAGCGGUUUCACUAUGUUGUACAAUGGGGAAAUCAUAAGCUGUGGUUUUGAUUGGGCCGAUAAGGAACCUCCGUAGCCUCCAGAGCCUAACCUCCAUCCCGGCUAGUAUCUCGGCUGUCUACACCCACGCCUGAGUCAUCUCUCCUGAGCUGCAUGCCCUAGCCCACAACCUCUGCUCUCUGUCUAACCCCCAGCCCUUCCAUCAACCCAAUUCCUAACCCAGCCCACAGCCUGCCUCUCCUCGCUUUCCUCCACCUCUGUGGUCCUCUGUAGCUCAGCUGGUAGAGCACGGCGCUUGUAACGCCAAGGUAGUGGGUUCGAUCCCCGGGACCACCCAUACACAAAAAUGUAUGCACGAAUGACUGUAAGUCGCUUUGGAUAAAAGCGUCUGCUAAAUGUCAUAUUAUUAUUAAUGUUGAACAUCUCAUUCCAAAAUCAUGGGCAUUAAUAUGGAGUUGGUCCCCCUUUGCUGCUAUAACAGCCUCCACUCUUCUGGGAAGGCUUUCCAUUAGAUGUUGGAACAUUGCUGCGGGGACUAGCUUCCAUUCAGCCACAAGAGCUUUAGUGAGGUUGGGCACUGAUGUUGGGCGAUUAGGCCUGGCUCGCAGUCGAUUAGGCCUAGCUCGCAGGUGUUCGAUGGGGUUGAGGUCAGGGUUCUGUGCAGGCCAGUCAUCAAGUUCUUCCACACCGAUCUCGACAAACCAUUUCUGUAAGGACCUCGCUUUGUGUAUGGGGGCACUGUCAUGUUGAAAAAGGAAAAGGCCUUCCCCAAACUAUUGCUACAAAGUUGGAAGCACAGAAUUGUCUAGAAUGUCAUUGUAUGCUGUAGCGUUAAGAUUUCCCUUCAAUGGAACUAAGGGGCCUAGCCCAAACCAUGAUAAACAACACCAGACCAUUAUUCCUCCAACUUUACAGUUGGCGCUCUGCAUUGGGGUAGGUAGCAUUAACUUGGCAUCCGCCAAACUUAGAUUUGUCUGUCGGACUGCCAGAUGGUGAAGCGUGAUUCAUCACUCCAGAGAACGCGUUUCCACUGCUCCAGAGUCCAAUGGUGGCAAGCUUUACACUACUCCAGCUGACGCUUCGCAUUGCGCAUGGUGAUUUUAGGCUUGUGUGUGGCUGCUCGGCCAUGGAAAGCUAUUUAAUGAAGCCCCUGACCAACAGUUCUUGUGCUGACGUUGCUUCCAGAGGCAGUUUGGAACUCGGUAGUGAGUGUUGCAACCGAGGACAGAUGAUUUUUAUGUGCUUCACGCUGCAGCACUCGUUCUGUGAGCUUGUGCGACCUACCACUUCACUGCUGAGCCGUUGUUGCUCCUAGAUAUUUCCAUUUCACAAUAACAGCACUUACAGUUGACUGGGGCAGAUCUAGUAGGGCAAAACAUUUGACGAACUGACUCGUUGGAAAGUUGGUAUCCUAUGACGGUGCCGCGUUGAAAGUCACUGAGCUCUUCAGUAAGGCCAUUCUACUGCCAAUGUUUGUCUAUGAAGAUUGCAUGGCUGUGUGCUCAAUUUUAUACACCUGUCACGGUGUUGCUGAAAUAGCUGAAUCCACUAAUUUGAAGGGGUGUCCAUAUACUUUUGUAUAUAUAGUGUAUUAGUUACCAUGCCCUGUAUUGUUGGAAUUUUUAUUUUAUUUUUUAUUUUAUUUCACCUUUAUUUAACCAGGUAAGCCAGUUGAGAACAAGUUCUCAUUUACAACUGCGACCUGGCCAAGAUAAAGCAAAGCAGUGCGAUAAAAACAACAACACAGAGUUACAUGUGGGGUAAAACAAAACAUAAAGUCAAAAAUACAACAGAAAAUAUAUAUACAGUGUGUGCAAAUGUAGCAAGUUAUGGAACAUGCUACAUAGAGAUGAUAAACUUAUACUUCAUUCUUCUUUGGGACUUGAAAGGGGCAAUCUAGGAAUCAUAAAACAACAAAGCAGUCACCAUAGCAUUAGGAUUAGAACGAUAGGAUAUUGUUCUAUUUAAUAAUAAUAAUAAUAAUAAUAAUGUAUUACACUUUUAUAGUGCUUUUCAUUAGACAGAAUCUCAAAGCGCUUGUUAAGCAAAAUAAACAACAAGAAGUCAUUUAAAAAGAAAUAUAGGCUACAACAGUAGCUAGGUCAUCCAAAUCAAGUGUAUUUGAGUGUUUCCUGAAACCUCCAGCAGAUGGACAGUCGCGGUCAUUAGAGGAUCUGGAAGCUCAUAGCUAGAUGGUCAGCAGAGGUGCUGGUCGGAGGUGCUGGUCAGGUCCAAGGGCAGGCAGCUCAAUCCUCCACCCUGAUGAGGAUCCUGAAUAGGAUCUCUAUGGCGGUCACCCCGUCACUUGUUUGGUAAACAAAUGAGGAAUAGGGCUCGAGAAAUGUAACCACUAAAAUGUAUAGACUUCUGGAUGCAAAGACUGAACAUCCAUGAGAUGAAAUGAUAGUUUGAACUAUAUUUAAUCAGUGUUUGUUUGCAAUUACAUUGUUUACCAACAAUGGAGUAAAACAUCUUAUAUUGUGGAUUGUGAUGGGAUAAUUACACUAAGCUCAUGAGGCAUCAACCUGAACUUGCUCUUUUUUGUAAGAUCAUUUUUGUAUCUCGGCCUUCUUGAUUUUUCUCCUUUUGAUGACCUGCUGACCUGUUGACCUGAUGACCUGUUGACCUGUUGAAUGUGCAGCCUUGAAAGAACCUGUAAGAAGUGUGAAUGAUGUAAACAUACCUUGCUAUUUCAAUGUAUCUGUUGACUAUGAAUUUACCUGACCUUUGAACCUUUUAUCGUGAUGAAAUGUACGUUUAAAUUAACUAUGUGAUACAUCCACCACUGAACUGUGUUGUGAUUGAAUCUAUGUGAAAACGGUAAAAAUAAAUAAAUAUGAAUCUUUAAAAAGUCAGAUUUAACCACUAGAUGUCAGCACAUGUUCAAAAAUAUAUCAGUAGGCUAAGAGGGGUCCAGUGCUUUAGAUCAGUGGUUCCCAAACUGGGGUCCGUGGCCAGAUCGAAAAAUAAUAUUGCUAGCAACAACAGAUCAAACAAAUUUGACCGAGGGAUCUGUGGAAGAAGUUUAGAGGGUACAAUACAAUACAAUGUCAUAUUAUUCAUCUACAAUAUACCCUUAGAUGCACAACAGGGCCUGGUUGGCUAACAGGGAUCCACACUACUCCAUCAAGGAUCCAGUUUUCAACAAAAUGUUUAUUGUAUUCCCCAAAAAUAUUGUUUUGAACAGAAAUGCUCUGUAAUUUAAAGCUGCAAUUCAUAGCAAUCCAUAAUGACAAAGUGGAAUUGUGUAUUUUGAAAAUGUACAAAUUAAUAAAAAAUGAAAAGCUGAAAUGUCUUGAGUCAAUAAGUAUUCAAUCCUUUUUUAUGGCAAGCCUAAAUCAAUCCAGGAGUAAAAAUGUGCUCAACAAGUCACAUAAUAAAUUGCAUGGACUCUGUGUGCAAUAAUAGUGUUUAACAUAAUGUUUUUAUGACUACCUCAUCUCUGUACCCCAAACAUACAAUAAUCUUUAACGUCCCUCAGUCAUGCAGUGAAUUUCAAACACAGAUUCAACCACAAAGACCAGGGAGGUUUUCCAAUGCCUUGCAAAGAAGGGCACCUAUUGGAAGAUGGGUAAAGACAAGCUGACAUUAAAUAUCCCUUUUAGCAUGGUGAAGUUAUUAAUUACACUUUGGCUGGUGUAUACACCCAGUCACUACAAAGAUACAGGCGUCCUUCCUAACUCAGUUGCCGGAGAGGAAGGAAACCGCUCAGGAAUUUCCUCAAGAGGCCAGUGGUGACUUUUAAACAGCUACAGAGUUAAAUGGCUAUGAUAGGAGAAAACGGACGAUGGAUCAACAACAUUGUAGUUACUCCACAAUAUUAACCUAAAUUACAGAGUAAAAAGAAGGAAGCAUGUACAGAAAAAAAAGGGGUCCAAGAGAAAUGGAGUGUGCCUUUAGAGGUUCAUCGACCUGUCAUUCUGGUCUUGUGCUCCACAACCGAUGUAGCUAGUUUGUUAGCUAAGCUAGCCACUUGUAGCUAGACAGUAACUCCUCCAGUGUGUGUUGACAUCAUUUCACAGGAUUUGUUUUUGGGCAGAAGCUGUAGAGCUCAGCAAGAAAUUACACUUCUGUGGCCAAGUAUCUUAUUAAUCAAUGUUUUGUUUUUAAGCAUCAAAUGACCUAGUAUGAUGGUGCAUUGAUCAGUUGUACAGUUUAAAUACGUUAUUUUUGUGUUUUGGCCCGAAGUCGACCUUUAAGGUUUCUGUGCACACUCUAUAACGGCAUAUGACAUGGUUAUGCCACCCAUCAUUCCAUUAAAUGUAAUAAUGUGGCACAGAGCUUAGUAAAUGACAUAACACCUUGUUAUAACAUCUGGAACGUAGACUCUUAUGUAGCAUGUAGUAACACGUUACAUAAGUUGUCAUGCAGACUGUACAUACCCAGCAUUCACCUGUGUCUUGAGACGUCUUAAGACACGGCUGUUUUGAAGACAUGUCUUAAGACAUCUUAAGAUGACUCGAGAAACAUUUUGAAGACAUGUUUUGUGACAUGUCUUGUGGCUCAAGAUGUCUCAAGACACCCCAUGCAAUGCAAUUCUAUGGUACAAGCCUCAAGGCACCAUUGUUAUUUAAUGCCAUGUCUUGAAGCUUUGCACACUCUUGGUAUUCUCUCAACCAGCUUCACCUGGAAUGCUUUUCCAACAGUCUUGAAGGAGUUCCCACAUAUUCUGAGCACUUGUUGGCUAUUUUUCCUUCACUCUGCGGUCCGACUGAUCCCAAACCAUCUAAAUUGGGUUGAGGUCGGGGGAUUGUGGAGAUCAGGUCAUCUGAUGCAGCACUCCAUCACUCUCCUUCUUGGUAAAAUAGCCCUUACACAGCCUGGAGGUGUGUUGGGUCAUUGUCCUGUUGAAAAAGAAAUGAUAGUCCCACUAAGCCCAAACCAGAUGGGAUGGUGUAUCGCUGCAGAAUGCGGUGGUAGCCAUGCUGGUUAGGUGUAUCUUGAAUUCUAAAUAAAUCACAGACAGUGUCACCAGCAAAGUACCCCCACACCAUAAUACCUCCUCCUCCAUGCUUUACGGUGGGAAAUACACAUGCGGAGAUCAUCCGUUCACCCACACCGCGUCUCACAAAGACAAUUUGGACUCCAGAGCAAAGGACAUAUUUCCACCGGUCUAAUGUCCAUUGCUCGUGUUUCUUGGCCCAAGCAAGUCUCUUCUUCUUAUUGGUGUCCUUUAGUAAUGGUUUCUUUGCAGCAAUUCGACCAUGAAGGCCUGAUUCACGCAGUCUCCUCUGAACAGUUGAUGUUGAGAUGUGUCUGUGACUUGAACUCUGUGAAGCAUUUAUUUGGGCUGCAAUUUCUGAGGAUGGUACCUCUAAAGAACUUAUCCUCUGCAGCAGAGGUAACUCUGGGUCUUCCAUUCCUGUGGCGGUCCUCAUGAGAGCCAGUUUCAUGACAGCGCUUGAUGGUUUUUGCGACUGAACUUGAAGAAACGUUCAAAGUUCUUGAAAUGUUCCAUAUAGAUUGACCUUCAUGUCUUAAAGUAAUGAUGGACUGUCGUUUCACUUUGCUUAUUUGAGCUGUUCUUGCCAUAAUAUGGACUUGGUCUUUUACCAAAUAGGGCUAUCUUCUGUAUACCCCCUCCUACCUUGUCCCAACACAACUGAUUGGCUCAAACGCAUUAAGAAGGAAAUUAAUUCCACAAAUUAACUUUUAAGAACGCACACCUGUUAAUUGAAAUGCAUUUCAGGUGACUACCUCAUGAAGCUGGUUGAGAGAAUGCCAAGAGUGUGCAAAGCUGUCAUCAACGCAAAGGGUGGCUAUUUGAAGAAUCUCAAAUAUAAAAUAUAUUUUGAUUUGUUUAACACUUUUUUGUUUACAACAUGAUUCCGUAUGUGUUAUUUCAUAGUUUUGAUGUUUUCACUAUUAUUCUACAAUGUAGAAAAUAGUUUUAAAAAACAAGUUAAAAAAAACCAGGAAUGAGUAGGUGUGUCCAAACUUUUGACAGGUACUGUAGCUCAAAGGUAGUAAGUAGUUGCAAAGUAGCUAAUUAGCUAAAAUUAUCCAUGAUGAGAUUCGAACACAUAACCUUUGGGUUGCUAGAUGUUCGCGUUACACCAUCCACCCUCCUAUCGUUUCUGUCUGAAGUAACCUACUGUCUUUAUCUGUGAUUGAAAUGCACUGUACACAAAAUCGUGUACUGCACAUGAAAAAUAUACUUUUUUGUGUGCUUGUCACACAUUUCCAAUAAGCAAUUUGUGUCUAUUUCACAAUAAUCUGUGAUACUGGGUUGCAAUACCCUCUGAGUCAUUUACAUUUUUCAGAGGGAGAGCAGCUUGUGGCUUACUGUUCACAUCCAGACUGUGAUGCAGAUGUAGUUUUAGAAUUAAGUAAUAGAUAGAGAAUAACAUCAAUUGCAUUGUGUCAGUAUGUUUGUGUGUGUUCACGUUUCUGUAAACUAUUGUAUAAGUAGUGAGAAAUGACAUCUAUAUUUCUAUUUUGUGAAUGUUAUGUAGCAGAAGUACAUUGAAAGUGAUCAAGUUAUUUCGCUUUUACUGUGGGCACAGCUGCUAGGCACUAUUCUGUUAUUGGACUCUCCUUCUGUAUUUUACAGAGUAUUUGAUUGUUUUUCAAAGACAGAGAUACAUAUCAAAUGAAGGGGAGACGGAGAGAAGGAGGUACAGAGGAGGCCUGGUAGGUGCCAGGACUCGUACCAACGCAGGCAGGGAAAAUGUACAUGUGCCAAGGCAGCGGCCUUAACCACAAGGCCAAGUUCAGAAACAAAGAUACUAUUUUUAUUUAGACAGGAUGUGGAGCAAUUCCACAGCGCACUGUAUUGACUGUGUAAACUUGAGACUGAACAGUAAUGGCUCAAUUAAUCAUUUAUUUCAAUUCAUUGAUUCAAUUAAUCAUGUAAUCAUUUUUUGUGUGUGAAAACAACAACAUAAAAAGUUUGACAUUCAACAUUCCAAAAACACAACCAAAGUGGGACAUUCAACAUUCCAAAAACACAACAAAAGUGGGACAUUCAACAUUCCAAAAACAGAAUGAACCACAGAAGCAAGACGUUGUACUCACAGAGUAUAUGUUCAUGUGUAGGGUGUGCUUCACAUCAGAACAUGCAGAGUUUAGCCUCAUGCUUCAAUGCUCUUAGUUGUUGUGGAAGUCGACCCGACACGGCUCUCCCUUUAAGCGAAACACUGCAGAUAAUACUAAAUGAAAUAUGGGUUCAAUAUUUGUCCCAUGAUAUUACAGUCUGUAAUAAAAAAUGCUGGUCAGUUGGGUGAAGUCCAUUUAUUGUUGCUGUCCUGGUUUCUGCAUAUUUCUGUAAAGUGUUUCUACCUCAGGAGGGCCAAGUGGUUCUGGCCUCACCUCUGCUGAAUCAUUCACUGAGGUGUCAACGAUGACUUCCUAAAGAUGAGACAUUACAAUUACAUCAAAUCUUCAUUCAACAAAGCUUACAAAGUAAAACAAUUUAAAAUUAAAUUAAAAUAAUAUAUUUAUAAAAAGUCAAAUGCAUUUCACAGGAAGUACCUGAGUUGAGUCAACUUCUUUUGAGGAUAUCCAUCUUUUGACCUUUAUGAUGGCCAUUAUGGUGCCUGCCAAUCCAACAUAAACAAACACUGAUCGAACAGUAUUGGCCACAAUGGUCCUGACUGAUAAUGCUGAAGCUUUGCCGUCCUUCUCACCAAUACCUGGGACACACAAUCUGGGUUACCCUCUCAGAGCCAAAAAUACAAUAUUUCAUUAACACGUUUGGUCUAAUGUGAUGUUAAUUGUUUCCAACAGUCAACAUUACUUUAUGGUAGGUACCGUUUAUGUAUCAUAUCGUUCAAACAAAAGUCCUUGCAGCCAAGAUUAAAUCAGCUGUUCCAAGUAGAUGUUUGCGGUGCUAAUUCCAAAAAAGGUCAAUGGGAGAAAAAAGAAGAAGCCUGCACACUGCUCCUGAUAGUAUCACUGCUCCUGAUAGUAUCACUGCUCCUGAUAGUAUCACUGCUCCUGAUAGUAUCACUGCUCCUGAUUGUGUCACUGCUCUUUAAUAAGCUUUACGUAUCGGCCUCAAGGCCUCCGUCAGAGCUUUUGUCAAAUUGAGAAAUUCAUUUAAAAAAAGACCUAACACAUAGAGCCAACACAUAAACAUAUUGGGUGUUUAUGUGUUGGCUCUAAAUAAAUAAAAAUACUAAACAUAUAACUUUGAUAUCCUGUGUGUGCUUUUCCCUGUGGAUAUAUUUUUUACAAUAUUUGAUAUCGCAUCAUUUAGUAUUAAACAAUGACAGAGAUAUUACAGAAUGACUACACAAUAUCAACAUGAGGUUCAGCUUCUAACCUCACGGGUAGAUCUCCAAAUGAAUGCUAGAUUGGACCUUACAUAUGUCCUCCAUGGGUUGAGAGAUGGUCUGUGUGCUGACGUGGUUGCUGCCGGUGCAUUGGAUAGUCCCGUUGCCAUUGGAGAUGAUGAUGUUGACCCCAGACAGAGACAGUAACUGUUGUGACCGUGUACACUGACCCCCGCCACAGACAGACAACAUCCAGCCAUCUUUAAUUGAACAGUUCACUGUGACGUCACAGAGUCCCACACUUGUGUUGAAGAGAGACGUGACAUCCAUAACUGGUUUGGGAACAUGAUCUACAAGAACCAAUGGAGUUGGGAAAGAGAUCCAUACAUCUAUGAGUGGUCUAGAUACUUUAAUUGUAUUGAAUAAACAAAAAGAUGACUACCAGCACAAAAACUUCACAAAACUCACCAAGCACCUUUAGUCUGUAUGUGGUAGUUGAAUCAGUCCAGUCUCUCUGAUUAAUUGCACUUCCCAUGUAAAUUCUACUGUCUGUGUUCAGCAGAUUCUUAAUACACAGAGAAUGGUUGACAGAGUUAUAAUCCACUUUCUCCUUAUAUUUAGGAGAAAUCUCUUUAUCACUAACUAUUACAUCACUGCCCGUCUUCCAUUGAAGUCCUUUGAGAAUCUCAGGUUCUGCAACAGCCAGACAUAUUGAACCCCCCUUCAACCCAUACUGGUCCACUGAGGGUUCCACCCUGAUUCCUAAUGACAGAGGAACGGGGUCACAUUUAAACCAACCAUUGUUAGCUGGGCUGCUGGGAUUACUCAAAUAUGUUUUAAAGUAUCUCAUCUAUACCAAUCUAUGGCAUGUGUUCAGAUCACUCAUGGUUUAAAGUUUCUCAUCUAUACCAAUCUAUGGCAUGUGUUCAGAUCACUCAUGGUUUAAAGUAUCUCAUCUAUACCAAUCUAUGGCAUGUGUUCAGAUCACUCAUGUUCAAAGUAUCUCAUCUAUACCAAUCUAUGGCAUGUGUUCAGAUCACUCAUGGUUUAAAGUAUCUCAUCUAUACCAAUCUAUGGCAUGUGUUCAGAUCACUCAUGUUCAAAGUAUCUCAUCUAUACCAAUCUAUGGCAUGUGUUCAGAUCACUCAUGUUCAAAGUAUCUCAUCUAUACCAAUCUAUGGCAUGUGUUCAGAUCACUCAUGUUCAAAGUAUCUCAUCUAUACCAAUCUAUGGCAUGUGUUCAGAUCACUCAUGUUCUAAGCAUCUCAUCUAUGCCAAUCUAUGGCAUGUGUUCAGAUCACUCAUGGUUUAAAGUAUCUCAUCUAUACCAAUCUAUGGCAUGUGUUCAGAUCACUCAUGUUCAAAGUAUCUCAUCUAUACCAAUCUAUGGCAUGUGUUCAGAUCACUCAUGUUCUAAGCAUCUAAUCUAUACCAAUCUAUGGCAUGUGUUCAGAUCACUCAUGUUCUAAGCAUCUCAUCUAUGCCAAUCUAUGGCAUGUGUUCAGAUCACUCAUGGUUUAAAGUAUCUCAUCUAUACCAAUCUAUGGCAUGUGUUCAGAUCACUCAUGUUCAAAGUAUCUCAUCUAUACCAAUCUAUGGCAUGUGUUCAGAUCACUCAUGGUUUAAAGUAUCUCAUCUAUACAUAUCUAUGGCAUGUGUUCAGAUCACUCAUGUUCAAAGUAUCUCAUCUAUACCAAUCUAUGGCAUGUGUUCAGAUCACUCAUGUUCAAAGUAUCUCAUCUAUACCAAUCCAUGGCAUGUGUUCAGAUCACUCAUGUUCAAAGCAUCUCAUCUAUGCCAAUCUAUGGCAUUUGUUUAGAUCACUCAUGGUUUAAAGUAUCUCAUCUAUACCAAUCUAUAGCAUGUGUUCAGAUCACUCAUGUUCAAAGUAUCUCAUCUAUACCAAUCUAUGGCAUGUGUUCCAAAAGGAUGAAUAAUUAGGCCUACAGCAGGAUACCCAAUAGCUACCUCCAAGUCCCAGAGGGUACACCUCCUUUAACUCUAGAAUUCAUUACAUGUAAAAGGUAUGAAGAGUUUAGAUACCUGCGAUUAUUUCCAGCCAACAGAUGUGUAGCAAAAACAGAGAUUUCAUUUCCAAAUAUUGAUAGAUUAAGUUUGACUUCCUGUCUAUGUCGAAAUGUUGAGACCCUGUGGUGGUAAACUACAAGUAGUAUGCAGUUCAGGAUGUAACUAGGUGCUCGCUCAGUCAAAGUAGGAUGUAGACCGUGGCUUAGUAAACUCCCCUUCCCCCUCAAAGCAUUUUCUAUAUUUCAGAAAAACAAUGUGGUUUCUGCUGUGGAGGUUUGAUGGAAGGAAGUCCAUAGUGAUGUGGUAUCGGUAGAUACACUGUACUGAGCAUUGUUCAAUAUGUUAACAUCUGAAAUACUGUAGUUAUUUAGAAUUAUGUUUAAUAAUUACAUGUAUUUAUCAAUCUGACUCCAUUAUCAGGUGACUAAAUGCAAUAGAACCUAUGCGUCUCUGCCGGAACAUCACACACACAUUCUGUAAUCUAAUUAUCAAAUUCUUACAUUUCAGUUUGAGGACAAGACAGGAAUUUUCCCAUCUGAUAAGCGGCCAGCUCAACACAGACAGAUUCGACGCAGUCACUCCAAAAAGGGAAUUCCAUUACACAUACAAUACAACAACACAUGUCAAACUGUUCAUCUCUUUAUGAGCUAUUGAAAUAAUAAUAAUAAUAAUAAUAAUAAUAAUAAGAAAUAAAUAUUAUUAAUAAAUAAUCUGUGAAUGUUUGUAUGAAUGCCAUGUGUGGCAGCCUGGGAAAGCACUAUGCCCAUAUCCCCAUAGAGACUGUGUUUCAACAUUCAUUUCAGAUGUGUACGGUGCUGGUUACCUCCCUCUCCCACGCUCUUCCCUUCAUACAUAAUGAACACAGACAGUAGAAUUGAUAUGGUAAACUACCGGAAAAGUUGGAAAGAAUCAACUACUACAUAUAGACUAUUAGUGCAGGGUGAGUUUUCUAAGGUUUCAGUUCUGGUAAUUUGCUGUAUUCUAGAAGAUUCAACGUAGCAUUGCAGCUUCAGCCAUCAACAUGUAUGUUGAUUGAUACAUUUGACAUUGGGUCCAUCUCAAUAGUCAGUGACCUUUCCUUUUCUCCUCUCUUUCAUUUACACUGAUUUUGAAGUUGCAUCAGGUUCUAGAGUUGCAUUAUGGGUGAAUGCAAUAUGGUGGACACCUUAAAAAUCUCCAGAUCAGUAAUGCAUGUAGGCCUAAUAUUUCUCAACUCUUCUUUGGUUCUCUUAUAGAUCAUGUUACCAAACCAGUCAUGGAUGUCACACCCCUCUACUUUAAUAACAAGAGUGUGGGACUCUGUGAUGUCACAGUGAACUGUUCAGUUAAAGAUGGCUGGAUGUUGUCUGUCUGUGGCGGGGGUCAGUGUACACGGUCACAACAGUUACUGUCUCUGUCUGGGGUCAACAUCAUCAUCUCCAAUGGCAACGGGACUAUCCAAUGCACCACCAGCAACCACGUCAGCACACAGACCAUCUCUCAACCCAUGGAGGACUGUAAGUACCAUUUAGCCGUCACCUUCACUGUAUACCUCUAUCACUGUUUAAUAACCUACUAAUAAUAUAAUAUGAACAAAAGUUACAUUCAUUGGUAUGAAUAAUAAAUAUAAACAGUUUUUAUAUAAAUGCAGUUAUAAAUCCUCUCCAGCGAAAACAUCUUAAUAAUUCUGUCUAUGUCAAACUAUUGGUCUAUGAUGAUUAUUUGACCGAAUCUAUUGUUAUUUAAGUAAUUCUAUAAGGAUUAAACUGUCUGUUCUCUGUGUGUGACCUCAGGUAGUGGUGAGAAGGAUGGAAAAGCUUCAGCAAUACCAGGCGCCAUUGUGGAUGCUGUUAUUGGUGGAUUAAUCUUAGUUGAUGUGUUAGCUGUGAUAGCUGUGUUAUGGGUUAGAUACAUCAAACAUGCCAGAACAAUGGCGACUCCUAAAGAACAUUCACUAGAAAAGGUACUUUCUCUUUCAUUCAUUUAUGAAUACAUUAUAACUACAAAAAAAAAGAGGAAUACAAAUGUUAUUGUAAUAUUUAAUGUUUUAUCUUUAAGCAGGUCAUUGUCCACGUGCUUACAACUCCAGAACCAUAGCGUCCUCCUGAGACACUUCCUGUCUUAGUCACUGAGAAGAAACCAACAUAACUCAGUUGACACAGGAAGCGCAUCACCAGGUCUAAGGACCGCAGAAUAGGACUUCCUCUGAGGUAACAUCAUACAUUGGGUUACAUCUGUUCUAGACAUUGCACAGAAACUGUGGGACAUUUCACUAUGGCCUAUGAACUACAUGGAUCUGAAUUGGACAGGUAUUAGCAAUAUCCCACUGGGCAAAAACUGGUGAAUCAAUGUUGUUUCCACAUCAUUUCAAUCAACGUGGAAAACAGAUUGGAUUUGCAAAAAGUAAUCGAAUUUGAUCUUUUUUUCACCCAACGUUUAACCUAAAUCCAAUGACUUGGUGAAAUGUUUAGUUGAUUUCACGUUGAAUUCAUGAUUAGUUGACAACUCAACCAAAUGUAAAUCAAAACAAGAUGUUGAACUGCCGUCUGUGUCCAGUGGGACGGUAUCAGCUUGCUAGAUGGAAUUUCCACCAUAUUCAAUACUACACAAAGGGGGUUGGGGCAUGGAGAUGAUUUGGGAUUGGGCAUCCCACAAAAUGUAAGAAUUCCAUUGUAAAUGGAAGAGGAUUGGAGAUGUUCUGUAGCUUACAUAUUGGUCUCGUUUACUACCAUGACAGGCCACAGACACUGUUGAACAGUGUGUUUACGUCUUACAACUACUGCAAAAUCCCUAGCCCAUCACUGUCAUGUUGCAAACCUGAAAACUGAAAUGUACAAAUAUUUGCUUCUGUCAUGUUUAUACCUGUGUAAACCAGACAAAAGUAACCAUUAUAUAUAUAUAUAUAUAUAUAUAUAUAUUUAAACUGAAGCCUGGCUUUAUAAAACUGAAAUAUAGUUGCUCGAAAAGAUUUUAAAAAAUGUUUUUGAUUGUGUUGUUGUUGUAUUGUAAUUUACUCUGUAUGAUCGACUGCUGUUUCCUCUUGGCCAGGGCUCCCUUGAAAAAGAGAGUCCUAUCUCAAUGGGAGUCACAAGGAUAAAUAAAUAAUAAAUACUCUCUAAUCACGUCAAGUAGGCCUGUGCUGCAAUGUUGCAGUUUGUUAUAAGGCUUAAUUGAUACACUUGAAAGAGAUAGCAGUUGAAUUACCAUAACAUAAGUCCCUUUCAUCAGUUCAAAACAUCAGCUGUGCAGUUUUGAGGAGAACACACCCAGGAUUCCAUGAGAUCAUGUCAAAUCUAGAUAUGUAUUAGGGUAAAAGUUCAGAUACUGAACCAAAAACUCAACACUAGACCAAACAUUAACUCUCCCCAGCUAUCACACUGACUCUGAUGCAAUACGUUCUCUUCCAAUGAGUAUCCCUCAGUAAAAAUAGAUCAUUACAGUGGGGAAAAAAAGUAUUUAGUCAGCCACCAAUUGUGCAAGUUCUCCCACUUAAAAAGAUGAGAGAGGCCUGUAAUUUUCAUCAUUGGUACACGUCAACUAUGACAGACAAAUUGAGAAAGAAAAAUCCAGAAAAUCACAUUGUAGGAUUUUUUAUGAAUUUAUUUGCAAAUUAUGGUGGAAAAUAAGUAUUUGGUCACCUACAAACAAGCAAGAUUUCUGGCUCUCACAGACCUGUAACUUCUUCUUUAAGAGGCUCCUCUGUCCUCUACUCGUUACCUGUAUUAAUGGCACCUGUUUGAACUUGUUAUCAGUAUAAAAGACACCUGUCCACAACCUCAAACAGUCACACUCCAAACUCCACUAUGGCCAAGACCAAAGAGCUGUCAAAGGACACCAGAAACAAAAUUGUAGACCUGCACCAGGCUGGGAAGACUGAAUCUGCAAUAGGUAAGCAGCUUGGUUUGACGAAAUCAACUGUGGGAGCAAUUAUUAGGAAAUGGAAGACAUACAAGACCACAGAUAAUCUCCCUCGAUCUGGGGCUCCACGCAAGAUCUCACCCCGUGGGGUCAAAAUGAUCACAAGAACGGUGAGCAAAAAUCCCAGAACCACACGGGGGGACCUAGUGAAUGACCUGCAGAGAACUGGGACCAAAGUAACAAAGCCUACCAUCAGUAACACACUACGCCGCCAGGGACUCAAAUCCUGCAGUGCAGACGUGUCCCCCUGCUUAAGCCAGUACAUGUCCAGGCCCGUCUGAAGUUUGCUAGAGUGCAUUUGGAUGAUCCAGAAGAGGAUUGGGAGAAUGUCAUAUGGUCAGAUGAAACCUGAACUUUUUGGUAAAAACUCAACUCGUCGUGUUUGGAGGACAAAGAAUGCUGAGUUGCAUCCAAAGAACACCAUACCUACUGUGAAGCAUGGGGGUGGAAACAUCAUGCUUUGGGGCUGUUUUUCUGCAAAGGGACCAGGACGACUGAUCUGUGUAAAGGAAAGAAUGAAUGGGGCCAUGUAUCGUGAGAUUUUGAGUGAAAACCUCCUUCCAUCAGCAAGGGCAUUGAAGAUGAAACGUGGCUGGGUCUUUCAGCAUGACAAUGAUCCCAAACACACCGCCCGUGCAACGAAGGAGUGGCUUCGUAAGAAGCAUUUCAAGGUCAUGGAGUGGCCUAGCCAGUCUCCAGAUCUCAACCCCAUAGAAAAUCUUUGGAGGGAGUUGAAAGUCCGUGUUGCCCAGCGACAGCCCCAAAACAUCACUGCUCUAGAGUAUCUGCAUGGAGGAAUGGGCCAAAAUACCAGCAACAGUGUGUGAAAACCUUGUGAAGACCUGUGUCAUUGCCAACAAAGGGUAUAUAACAAAGUAUUGAGAAACUUUUGUUAUUGACCAAAUACUUAUUUUCCACCAUAAUUUACAAAUAAAUUCAUUAAAAAUCCUUUCUGGAGAAAAAAAAUCUCAUUUUGUAUGUCAUAGUGGACGUGUACCUAUGAUGAAAAUUACAGGCCUCUCUCAUCUUUUUAAGUGGGAGAACUUGCACAAUUGGUGGCUGACUAAAUACUUUUUUUCCCCACUGUAACUUACUAUUAAAGUAGUUCAAAUUAAUAUACUGUCUAUUUAUUUUCAUUUAUUUUACUAUUAUUUAUGCAUUUAUUUAUUAUUCAUAUGGUAGCUGUGACUUCUCCAUUUGUGGGGUAAAACUUUAGAAGCAAUUUGUUUUACACUCAAUUCAUGAAAAAUAUUGAAUGUGGCUAUUAGUGCCGCUUUCAUAAAUAUAGAGGAUGGGUGACUUUGUUACCCGAAUCUAGUUAACCUGUACUGCAUGUACUGUGGCGCUCCCUGUCCUCAGAACUACAUCUUCAUGCUAGUUUAAUAAUAAUACAAUACAUAAUAAUAAUUUGGUGGAUGCUUAUAUUUGUCCUAAUGUUAAUCAUAAUAAUAUGCCAUUUAGCAGACGCUUUUAUCCAAAGCGACUUAGAGUCAUGUGUGCAUACAUUUUUACGUAUGGGUGGUCCCGGGGAUCGAACCCACUACCCUGGCGUUACAAGCGCCACGCUCUACCAAUUGAGCUACAGAGGACCACAUAAUAAUUUGGUGGAUACUUAUAUUUGUCCUAAUGUGUAUUUUUUGCAUAUCCCAAAUUCCCCUGAGACACCCUAGGAGAGUGGGGUCAUGGCUAGGUAAAUGACCAUAUCAGCUAUCAUUUCUAAUUACCAGGUCUGUCUUGAGGACAAAAUAUUUCCAGUGACAUAACAAAAAGAAGAAGAAGACGAAGAAGAACAAAGAAGAAGAACGAAGAAGAGGAAGAAGAAGAACGAAGAAGAAGAACGAAGAAGGAGAACGAAGAAGAAGAAGAAGAAGAAGAAGAAGAAGAAGAAGAAGAAGAAGAAGAAGAAGAAGAAGAACAAAGAAGAAGAGGUUUAAAAAAUCCACUAAUCCCAGACUUCACCUUUGGUUCAACACUAUCCUGAAAAAAAAAGGAACAACUUACUUUAUUAAAAUAGACUGGACUUUGGGCCUUGACUUUGCAGUCUCCCUGUUUAAAUCCCCCUUCAGGUACUGGUUACCUGCCUGUCUAUUCCACAGGCCAGGACUGAGUAAGGCUGUCUCCACUCUCUAAACAGCCUGACCCACCUCCCAGACAAACUUGUGGCGCCUCUCCUGGUCGUCUAGUCUCCUCAAGCGACAAUAAAACAUUCUAGAUAGCAUAUAGUCCUUUGCCUCUUCACAGACUAACACACCAACAUGCUUGACCAUUACCUUGUCAGGAUGUUUUCCAUCAAGGCAAAUUACCAACUAUCCUGGAACAGGUGUGAAAACACAUCAUUGGUGAUAAACUGAGGGAAGAGACCAUCCAGUGCAUCGUAUCUUUCAAGGCCAUCUUUUUUAACCUGGCCUCCUACUGCAGAAUGUACCUGUCCUCAUGCUGCAGAAUUUACCUGUCCUCCUGCUGAAGAAGGUACCUGUCCUCCUGCUGAAGAAGGUACCUGGCCUCCUGCUGAAGAAUGUACCUGUCCUCCUGCUGAAGAAGGUACCUGGGGCGGCAGGUAGCUUAGUGGGUAAGAGCGUUGUGCCAGUAACCGAAAGGUCGCUGGUUCUAAUCCCCAAGCCGACUAGGUGAAAAAUCUGUCGAUGUGCCCUUAAGCAAGGCACUUAACCCUAAUUGCUCCUGUAAGUCGCUCUGGAUAAGAGCGUCUGCUAAAUGACUAAAAUGUAAAUGUAAAAUGUACCUGGCCUCCUGCUGAAGAAGGUACCUGGCCUCGUGCUGCAGAAUGUACCUGUCCUCCUGCUGAAGAAGGUACCUGGCCUCAUGCUGCAGAAUGUACCUGUCCUCCUGCUGAAGAAGGUACCUGGCCUCCUGCUGAAGAAUGUACCUGUCCUCCUGCUGAAGAAG